AUGAUUGGGUAUGUGGAGAACCUUGAGAAGUUGGGAUUUCCCCUCGAAAAAGAAAUUGCGACUGAUUUAAUGUUGCAAUCAUUGUCGGAUAGCUUCACUCAAGUUGUCCUUAAUUUCAAUAUGAAUGAUAUGAACAAAAUUCUUCCAAAACUGCUAAGUAUGUUAAGAACCGCUGAGCAGAAUCUGAAGUCAAAAGGGAAUUCCAUUCUAAUGGGGCUACAAAGGAGUAGAGAGUUGGAAAAAGGUGAAGUUGAUCCACGAGUUGGCAAUGGAGCAAAGGUUGCGGCUUUAGCCAUUGGAACUUAUGUAUUAACUUUACCUAGUGGUUUAAUAAUUCAUUUGGAGAAUUGUUACUAUGUACCUGCAAUUAGCAGGAAUCAGUGGGAGGAAAGCAUUGAUACACCUAUGGAUGAAUUAGAGCAAAAAACACAAGCAGUUGUGGAAGAGCAACCUUCUCAAGUAGAACAAGGCCAACGUAGGUUAAGUAGGAUACAUCACCAACCUGAGAGAUAUGGAUAUCUCAUAAAUGAUCAAGGUGAUGUAUUGCUCAUGGAUCAAGAUGAGCCUGAAAUCUACCAAGAGGCCAUUAGUGGUCCUGAGUUUGAGAAGUGGCUAGAAGCCGUGAAAUUUGAAAUGGAUUCCAUGUACACAAACCAGGUUUGGACCUUGGUAGAGCCUUUUGUAGGGGUUAAUCUUAUAGGAUGCAAGUGGUUCUUUAAAAAGAAGACUGACAUGGAUGGCAAGAUUUUACUUGCUAUUGCUACAUAUCAUGAUUAUGGAAUAUGGCAGAUGGAUGUCAAGAUUGUUUUCCUUAAUAGGAACCUUCUUAAGGAUGUAUUACAUAUUACUCAUUGGAAACGAUGUCCCUACCUUGCAACAAGUGAAAACUUGGCUAGGAAAUGCUUUUCUAUGAAGGACCUAGGUGAAGCAGCCUAUAUAUUAGGAAUCAGCAUCUAUAGAGAUAGAUCACAAAAACUUCUUGGCCUAAGUCAGAGUACAUACAUAGACAAAGUGCUGAGACGCUUUAAUGUGCAUGAUUCCAAGAAAGGGUUCAUACCUAUGCAACAUGGCAUGUGUAUAUCCAAAACACAAUCCCCUUCAACUAAGGAAGAAAGGGAUCGCAUGAAUAAGAUUCCAUAUGCAUCAGCAAUAGGAUCUAUCAUGUAUGCCAUGUUAUGUACUCGGUCAGAUGUCUUUUAUGCUUUAAGUGCAACGAGUAGGUACCAAUAUGAUCCCGGUGAUACUCAUUGGGUGGCUGUCAAGAAUGUCCUUAAAUACUUGAGAAAGACUAAGGACUCAUUCUUGAUAUAUGGAGGUCACGAAGAGCUUGCUGUAAUUGGAUACACCGAUGCUAGCUUCCAGACAGAUAAGGAUAACUUUAGAUCGCAAUCUCGUUAUGUGUUUUGCUUAAAUGGUGGCACUAUCAGCUGGAAAAGUUCAAAGCAAGAUACAGUUGCUGAUUCUACAAUCGAGGCCGAGUACAUUGUUGCCUCAAAUGCAGCAAAGGAGUCUGUUUGGAUCAAGAAGUUCAUUAGCGAACUUGGCAUAAUCCCUAGCAUUGUGGAUUCCAUUGAUCUCUAUUGUGACAACAAUGGUGCUAUUGCACAAGCUAAGGAUCCUAGAUCUCACCAACGAUCCAAACACAUACUCGGGCGCUAUCACCUCUUUCGAAAGAUAAUAGAUAGGGGAUGUGAAGAUAUGCACAAUACCUACACUUGA